UUAGGCUAGUAUACAGUGGUUGCAAGACAUACAUAACGUGCGUUUGACAAGCUUCCGGGAAAUGAGUAACAGCACCUCCUAUGGGCCAGAUGAGGAUGAGAAGACCAUCGUGACAGAACGCUACUUCCUAGCAGGUGACUUGCUUGCUGGGGUUGGUUACGGGAUGGAAGUGGUCCUUUAUGUGGCAUGCGCGCUCUAUCUGUGCAGUCAAUGGAGGACGAGAGCAUACGCUCGUUAUAUGCUCGCAUUUAUCACCCUCCUCUUCGUUGUGGAAUCCAUCUUCACUGGCGUUCAGACCAGAACAGUUCAGCUGAUGUAUGUUGACAAUCGCAACUACCCGGGUGGGCCUUAUAGCUACUUCAAUGCGACACAACAACUCGCUGUGAAUGUGAUGUUUGAAGCCACUCUGUUCGUCAUGACGUUCCUCUGCGAUUCCUUAGUGCUAUGGAGAUGCUGGGUUAUUUGGGCGGCGACAAGCCGGUUUCAAGCUUUUCUCGCCAUAUUUUUCCCCUCCAUCAUUCUCCUUGCUUCCUUCGUCAUGGGAACUUUUUGGACGCUUCAGUCAAGCAAACCUGGGCUUUCCUUCUACGCAGAAACUCCUCUAGCCUUCGGCACCGCCUACUAUACGCUUAGUCUCGGAGUCAACGUCAUCUUGACGGUUCUCAUUGUUAUUAGACUGUAUAUAUAUCGCCGUCGUAUAGCAGCAGCUCUCAACGCGGACCAUGCACGGCAGUAUGUGACACUGGGGAUGAUUCUCGUGGAGUCAGCAGCGGUGUACUCUGUGUUCGCUCUCUUGUUCUUGAUUACGUAUGCCGUGUCAGACACCACAGCUCAAAUCUGGCUUGGAGUAUCCUCUUCUGUCCAGCAAGUCGCUACCUACGUGAUCAUCUACAGACUAGCAGAUGGUCGGGGAUGGAGACAAGACUCCUUACCGUCCUCUGCAACCUUCACCAGUAUGCAGUUUAACGACGGUGUCCCUAAAAUGGCCAUUACAGACGUCGAACUAGGACAUCUAUCAGAGGCCUCAAAUUUUCAUUUCUCAUCCGGUAGAACAGAGACACGACCGGAAUCCUCCACAGAGAUGGAUAAGACGACUCCCGCACCAUGUCGUGACGAGCACAUCAUUUCCACAAACUCAGCCGACGCACUUCACGACUAGACCACACAGUACUAUGUAGUACCCUCACGACCUUACACAUGUGUUUUACAUUACUUGAACACCCUAGUAUGUUGUUCGCUCGCUAUCCAAGAUAUUAUCUGUCUGUUGAAAGAGAAGCAGUCAAUGCCGACUAAUUGUAGCUCUAGAGCUAGCCCUAUAACUAUUCGGCUCUGUUGUUACUCGCCGAUUCGCUGAGUUCAACCAAACCUGGAGGUGG